AUGAAGUUUCUUGCUAUUUUCAGUCUUUCUGUAACUGUGGCUGCCUGUAAAAGCACACCGCCACCAGCCAAGUCGGCCAAGGUUGACGUUCACGCCCACUUUGUGCCUGAUUUCUACGCCGAUGCUUUGAGGGAAGCUGGCCAUGUACCUGGCCCCGACGGAAUGCCUGGUAUUCCCAGUUGGGAUGCCGAGUCUCAUUUGGAGUUUAUGAAGGAGAACAACAUCGAGAGAUCCAUUCUGUCUAUUUCAAGCCCUGGAGUCUAUCUCAAUGUCCCUUCAAAGAAUGCUACUCAGCAGGCCAUCAGUCUGGCACGCGAGGUCAACAAGUAUGGCUCUCAGGUCAAAGCCAAGUACCCCAAGGAGUUCGGCUUCUUCGCUUCUCUUCCUCUGCCGGAUAUCCAAGCAUCUCUCAAGGAGAUUCAGUACUCCUUCGGCGAGCUUGAACCCAAGCCUGACGGUGUAGUGAUGAUGUCCAACUACUACGGCUUGUACCUCGGCGACCGCGAUCUCGAGCCAAUCUACGAAGCUCUGAACGAGCUCAACGUCACCAUCUUUGAGCAUCCCACAACUCCUUGCACUCAGUUCAACGGAAUGCGAUUCGAUAUUGACAAGGACGCGCCUACCAUUUCUCAACAGCAGUGGCAAGCUCUUAACCGACCCUUGGCCGUUCGACAAUUUGCCGCACCUACUCUCGACUUUCCCUUCGAGACCGCGCGAACAUUCGCCGACUUGUUCUACACCAGCAUGCCAACCAAGUUUCCCAACCUCAAGUGGAUCAUGUCCCACGCUGGCGGUGGUCUCAUCCCCACUUUGGACCGAAUCAUCACCUACAGCGCUCUUUAUCCUGGCUUGAACCUUACAGAGGAGUCGAUGAAGGAGACUCUUUCCAAAAACUUCUUCUUCGAUCUUGCUGGACCUUGGCCUGUCAACUUUGCUAUUCCUUCCCUGCUGCGAUGGGUCGACUACACUAGAAUCGUUUGGGGCUCGGAUACUGUUUUUACGCCUAUGGAUACAGCUGCCAAGUAUGCUGCUGCUUUUGACAAGGAGGUGGAUAAUGUGUUCAAUGAUCCUGUCAAGGCGAAUGCUGUUAGAGCAGACAAUGCGCGAAGGCUGUUCAACUAG